GACACUAUCGCGCUCAUUUUCUUACAAAAAAAAUCCCAACUGAGGGCACCGCAUACGUCUCCUCCAUUGUUUUCGUCAAACCAUGUCGACACUCUCCCUUAAUUCACCGUCACCUCCUCUCACUUCCUUUUCAAUCUGCUUCGCACACCAUCAUUAUAAUCAUCCUCGGACCACACUCUUCGACUACUCUCCUACCUCAUUAAAACCCCUUUGCGAUUCUCGAGACCCGCCACACGGAACCAUCAACCCAUGUUGUUCUUUGAGGAUCUGUGGGAGUUGCUUUAUCUGGAUCGUUUGGGAUCGAGAACUCGGGAUUUAUCCGGUCAAUUUUUACAGUCAUUCUCCCAAUCAAUGAAUACCAAUACGAACUGCACAUCGAGCGGCUUUGAAUUCUGCCGCGAUGACUCGGCCGCACUUGUCCUCAAACUCGUUGCAAUCGUCUCAAUCCUCAUCGCCGGUGUCUCCGGCAUCGCAAUCCCCCUCGUCGGCCGGCAAUGCAGAUUCCUUAAAACUGACGGCAGCCUCUUCGUUGCCGCCAAGGCCUUCGCUGCCGGCGUAAUUCUCGCUACCGGCUUCGUCCAUAUGCUCGCCGGCGGGACCGAAGCACUGUCGAGUCCCUGCCUGCCCAAAUACCCGUGGUCCAAGUUCCCAUUUCCGGGUUUCUUCGCUAUGAUGGCUUCUCUUGCGACUCUUCUAGUGGAUUUUGUGGGCACACAGUACUAUGAGAGGAAACAGGGGCUGAAUCCUGGAAGGGAGGAGCACGGGCGGGUCGGUUCUGUUGAUGCGGUCUCCUAUCCAGACCCUGAUUCGGGGAUUGUUCCGGUUAUUGUUGAGACUGGGUCUGGGCCUAAUGGGAAGGUGUUUGGAGAGGAAGAAGGCGGUGGCAUGCACAUUGUGGGGAUGCAUGCACACGUGGCGCACCAUAGACAUAGCCAUGCACACGGGAAGGAUGCAUGCGAGGGGCACGUGAGUGAUCAGAGUCGUGGGCAUGGGCACUCACACGGAUUUGAAGAGGGUGACGCAGAAAAUGGUGCCCGGCACGUCGUUGUAUCCCAGGUUUUGGAACUCGGAAUUGUAUCGCAUUCGAUCAUCAUUGGGUUAUCACUUGGAGUUUCGCAGAGCCCUUGUACCAUAAGACCCUUAAUCGCAGCUCUAUCAUUCCAUCAGUUCUUUGAAGGAUUUGCACUUGGAGGCUGCAUCUCUCAAGCUCAAUUCAAGAACUCGUCGGCUAUAAUGAUGGCAUGCUUUUUCUCCAUAACAACCCCGGCAGGAAUUGGAGUGGGGACCGCCAUUGCUUCAUUUUACAACUCCCAUAGUCCAGGAGCCUUGAUUGCCGAAGGCAUAUUGGAUUCACUGUCGGCAGGAAUUCUCGUCUACAUGGCCCUGGUCGACCUAAUUGCCGCUGAUUUCCUCAGCAAGAGAAUGAGCUGCAAUUUUAGGCUCCAAGUGGUAUCCUAUUUUAUGCUCUUUCUUGGAGCUGGAUUGAUGGCAUUGCUUGCAAUCUGGGCGUGAAUUUUGUAUGAUCGAUCGCCUCGUUUUCCGAUUUCAUGCCUAACCUCAUCACUUGAUUCUUUUGAUUCCUUGGAAGAGAACGUAAAUAGAAGUAGUUUUGUAGUCCUAUUGUAUGUUCUCUCCUUAAAUUGGUUUCAUUUAAGAGUUAAGACACUUUCAUACUUGGACUUGUGCCAUACUUGCCUAGCCUGGAUUUUGAUGCUCGGCAUCCUUCUUCUCCUUCUCAUCCUCCAUAUUGGCAAGGCAUUUUAGUCUUUGGAUUUAGUUUAAUUUCUUCAAUUCUCAGCUGUGGAGUGGUGGCUGGUGCCUUGGUUAACGGAUCUGAGGCAUGAACCAGCUUAUUGGCUUUGCUUAGCUUAAGUAGAGCAAUGCUGUGUUUAGGGUAGAUGCUUACUGUUUGGUAUUGUAAUGGUGACGAGGUGACUUGCUAAGCAAAUCGAGUGAUUUGACUUUUGAAAGGAAAAUAUUUGAGACCCUCAAAA